AUGGCUAAAAACGCUAAGAAACAUCAACUCCAACCCACGAGUUCAUCAAAAAAAAAAAUAUUACGAGUAGACAGUCCGUCAUUUGAAGAGGAAUUCAAUGCCCUCUUGCUGGCUUCAGACCAAUCUGCCAGUGAAAAUGAUAUUGACGAGUUGUUGGUUUCCGAUCGUGAACUAUUACAGUUACGUGACCAAGAUAAAGAUUUAGAGGAGAAUAUUCCAGAAGUGUAUAGCAGCCAUGAGAGGAGCACUGGUAGUUCUGAUGAAGGUAGUACCGAUAGUUCUGAUGAUGACAGGCCUCUUUCGGAAUUACGAAGAUCGAAUUUUUAUUACGGGAAAAAUCGUUAUAAAUGGUCAAAGACUCCUCCUAAUGCUAGGGUUCGCACACUUCAACAUAAUAUCAUAACUCAUGCUUGUGCCUCGAAAUUGACAGACGCAGAUGCCAAGGAUCCUUUUAGCAUUUGGCAUAAAUUAUUUGAUGAAGAAAUGCUUCAACAAAUAUUGACUUGGACAAACAAAAAAAUUAACAUUUAUAGAAUAAAGUUUGCUCGUCAAAAUAAACCUGAACUGAAAGACAUAGAUAUGACUGAGCUGAAGGCUUUUGUGGUUCUUUUACUAUAUUCAGCUGUUUUGAAAUCUAACCAUGAACGCACAAGUUACUUAUUUGCUAGGGAUGGCACCGGGUGUGACAUAUUUAGAUGCUGCAUGUCAGAAAAUAGAUUUGUCAUUUUAUUACUUUGUUUGCGUUUCGAUAAUCCAGAUGAUCGCGCUGAAAGGCAAAAAGAUGAUAAGUUGGCAGCUAUAUCUUUUAUUUUCAACAAGUUUGUCAACAAUUCUCAACAGCUAUACGAAUUAAGUGAAUGCGUCACUAUAGAUGAGAUGUUAGUGAAGUUUCGAGGGAGAAGUCAUAUGAUUUCUUAUAUGCCGAGAAAACCAGGAAAAUAUGGACUUGUCAUACGAGCCUUAUGUGAUGCAAAAAAUUCUUAUUUUUAUAAUGGAUAUAUUUAUAGUGGCAAAGGCUCUGAUGGUAUCGGUUUGACCACACAAGACCAAAAACUUCUCGUGCCUACUCAGUGUGUCCUUCGGUUGAUACAACCAAUUAAAGGAAGCAAUCGGAAUGUGACUGCUGAUAACUGGUUUUCUUCUAUAGAGCUGAUUGAUGAGUUGACAAAACAUAAAAUUACUUAUGUGGGUACUUUGAAAAAAAAUAAACGCGAAAUACCAAGCGAAUUUCAGCCGCAAAAAAAAAGAAAUGUCCUGUCAUCAUUGUUUGGUUUUACAAAGCAAAAAACUAUUUGCUCACAUGUGCCUAAGAAGAAUAGAGCUGUGAUACUUGUGUCUUCAAUGCAUCAUAAUGAAGUAGUUGACGAAAAUACUAAAAUACCAGAAAUUAUUCUGUAUUAUAACUCAACAAAAGGAGGCGUUGAUGAAGCAGAUAAAAAAUGCUCCAAUUAUUCCAGCAGCCGCCGAACGAGAAGGUGGCCAAUGGUGGUAUUCUACCGCAUUGUGGACUUGAGCGGUAUAAAUGCCUAUAUAUUAUACAAUAUGCAUCAACCUAAGAUUACAGACAGAGGAGUUUUUUUAAAGUCGUUAGCUCGUUCGCUAGUGCUACCCCAAAUGCAGAAACGUGUUGUAUGCAGUCAAUUACCAAGGGAGCUACGGCUAGUGAUAAAGCGAGUACUGGGUGAAGAUAUGGUUGAAGAAGAUAUCCAAAGUCCUGAAACUAGUCAGGGGAAGCGAAGGGCAUGCAGUAUUUGUCCGCCCAAACUGCACAGAAUGACAGUGCACACAUGUGUCGCGUGUUGCAAUCCCAUAUGUCUGCAAUGUUCUCGCCCCUUGUGCAAAAAUUGCCAAUGA